AUGCUGAUUUCGAUAUUAUUUUUUUGUUUGAAUAAUGUGUAAGUUCGGAAAAUAUCCAGUUUUUUGGGUUUUUUCUAGCUUCGGACCGCAUUAAUUUUUUUUAUGACUACUAAAUUUCAGGGUGACAACGGGGAAAAAGACGGAAGUUAGUUUUUUAUUUAAUUAUUUGUGCGGUGAUUUAAAAAAAAAUAUUUUUAAACAUUAAUUUUUGCAAGGUUAUAUGGAUGGUUCCAUCAUGGAGUUGUACUGGAAAUCAUUCAAUUCCAGUUGAAAAAUAUGGCAUAAUUCAAAACGAGAAUCAACACUAUUACAAAGGAGGCUCAAAAUUUGCAAUCUUCUACAUGGAAAAAUUCGGAAAAAUUCCCUACUUUGAAGAUUUCGAAGAACCGAUCAACGGCGGUUUGCCGCAAAACGGCAAUUUCUCCGAACAUUUACGAGUUGCUGAGGAGGAUAUUGUGAAAUAUAUACCCUCAAAAGAUUUUGAUGGAUUAGCGGUGAUUGAUUUGGAAAAUUUCAGACCAAAUUGGGAACAGAGUUGGAGCAGCUUUAAUAUAUAUAAAACGGAAUCGUUGAAACGCGCGAGACAGAAUAAUCCAACAGCUUCAAAAGAAGAAAUUACCUUGAUAGCUCGUGAAGAAUACGAUUCUGCAGCAAAGUACGGUAUUCCGCGCUCCACCGAAAUAAACACGCAACGCAGACCGCGUCGCGCCACAACACACACAAAAAGGGAGGGAAUUUGAAUCGUUCCCUUGUGUUGUAGCGCGGCGCGGUUUGCGUUGCGUGUUUAUUUCGGUGGAGCGCGUGAGAUUUUCGAUAAUAACAUGAAUAUUUUCCAACGAAAAAUGUUUAGAAAAUAUUUCCUCGAAACAAUUCGACUUGGAAAACGACUUCGACCAAAAGCAAAAUGGGGAUACUAUUUGUUCCCUAAAUGCAAUUUCAAUGUGGAUAAAACCAAUAACAAGUGCAGUGAUAAAAUGAAAGUGUACAACGAUAAUAUGGAUUGGUUAUGGAAAGAAAGUCAAGCUCUUUUCCCAUCGUAUUAUUUGAGCAAAAAGGGUGAAGAAAGACAUGAUAUUGAUAAACUAAACUUUGCGGUGGGUUUUUUUUAAAUUUGAAAUUGCCAAAUUUCGAAUUCCAUUCCAGGCUCUGAUUUCCGAAACGCAAAGAGUCAAAAAAGUCUACUGCCCCGAAUGUGAAAUACACAUGUUCACUGGUUUCGAAUACGAUCCGUAUAAAAAUGCAUCAUAUAUGUAUACAAAAGCAAGUCUUCGUAUAAGUCUUGAAUAUAUAAUGCGUCAUAAUUUGGAUGGUGCAGUGAUUUGGAGCACAAGUAAAAAUAUGAAACAAAGAUGUGAUAAUAUUACAACUUAUGUUAAUGAUUAUCUUGGUCCGCAUGUUCAAUAUAUUAAUCAGGAUUUGGAUAAAUGUCGGAAGAAAAUUUGUCGGGGAAGGGGGGAAUGCUAUCUUCCACAUGGCGUGGUGUAAGUUUUGUUUUUUGUUUUUUUAUUAUGAUUUUUAUUCUGAUCAGAAAUCCAAACUCAUCUGACUAUCUUUGUCGAUAUGAUCAAUGA